AUGAGCGACGAUGACGAAGCGUGGUCGCUAGAUGCUCAACGGCGAGCUUUUGAGGCCCAGUUUGGCUCGUUAGAGAGCAUGGGUUUCCAAGAUAACUCCAAGGCAGACGCCGAGUCGCUGGAGCUGACUGGAGACGACUCCGAUGGCAGCGACUUCGGCGGCUUUUCCGAUGACGAUACCGAAGAUAAGGCGACAACAACCAAGAAUCGUGUCCAAUAUGACUCUGACCUGUCUGAUGAGAUGACGCUGGAGUCAGACGAGCUGAUGCUGGAGUCGGAAGACGAGGCUCCGCGGGUGGUCCGCUUAGGGGAGACCACAUCGCAACCGAUCACAGUACUGAAGAAAGAGCGGCGCCUUCUCAAGCUGGGACGGGCGCCCACUCUUGCUGAACUCGACGCCCAGCAAAAGUUGGCACAAAAGCAGCAAGAGAAAGAACUACGCCGCAAGGCUGGCUCCGAUGAUGCCGAGAACCUUAAGAAUGACUUGGAGCUUCAGCGGUUGCUCUCAGAAUCACACAUUUUGGCCCACAACCUCGAGUACUCGGGGGCCGACCUUACCUUACGCACCAUCGACAACGAGGAACCUACGGGGAAAGCACGCAAGCGUAUCUUGGACCACCGUAUCCGUGAGAUCAGUGCUACCAACUCGCUGACGGGCGGGUUGCCGAAGCGGCUCGAGAAAAUGCCCAUGCUGAUGCGUAAGGGGAUGAUUGAUGCCCAGGCUCGACGCGUGGCUAAGUACGAGCAGGAGGCUCGUGAAGCGGGCAUUGUUUUGGCCAAGGUGCGUAAGGGCCACACCCGUCAAUUGAAUAUGGGUAAGGGUGUUACGGCCCGCCUGGACCGGUUGGGCACGGGGGUGAAGAAGGCGAAGGCGAAGAAGGAUAAGGGAUUAAAGAUCCAAGCGGUGGGUCGGUCUACCGCCAACGGGUUAGUGAUUUCAGAGAGAGAGAUCGCCCGCGUUGCCAACCGGGGCAAAGGAGGCAAAUCGCGCCGCCGGUGA